GACCGACCACUCUACUGUAGAGGAGGACGAAAGCUUACUCCUCGAACGAAGUUCCCUCCCAAAUCCCUUCUACUGCCGGCGCGCGCUGCAGCGAGCGCUUUUUUUUUAUAGUUCUACUUCCCUCGCGUUGAUCGCACGCCGCACGGGGGUUCACAUCCGCAGACUCGUGGACGAACUUCCCGUCGCAGUGCUGCAAUCUUCCCAAGCUACUGCCAGGAACCACAAUUCCCUAUCCACCUCCCUGAACCGCACCGCACCGCAACGCACCGCACCGCACCGCACCGCCCCAUUACACCGCGCCGACGAGGGCAGCAGGCCUGAAACUGCUCUCCCGUCUCGACGAACCGCCCAGACGUGUGAGCGUCUGUGCGAACGCCAGUGCCCAGUCCCGAGCCACCGGGCGUCGCAAAACAACCCUCUUGGACCUCCGCCAGACACACCAUCCACCCACCUGGCCUAGUCUGCCUCCGCGCGCGUGUGCUGACAGCCUUGCUGGCGUGCUCGAGUCCAUUAUACCAACGCGCCGCCGACGACUUGCGCCCGCGCGACAUCAGCGCAGGUGUUGCGACGCGAGUCUCGAGUCUCCAUCACCAGCCCCAACCACCGCCCCCGCGCUCCACCACACCACACCACACCGCGCCGCGCCGUAUCGCGCUCCCCCUCCAUACUACCACUACGCCUAUCACGUAUCCACGACUGGCCGUUCUUGCGCGAACCAAACAUCCCUCCUUCUCCUCCUCCUAACGACCGCGUCGCCCUCGCAGCUGCAGCAUGAGCCAGCAGAUGCAGAUGAGUGGCAUAGGCGGCCCGGUGGGUGGGCAACCAGCCAAUGCUGGGACGCCCUCGUCCACCUAUACACCGGACGCUAUCAUCAAGAAGCUCAAUACCGCCAUAUACGACUACCUGCUCUGUCGGCAAGAGUACGAUGUCGCACGCGUCUUCUCCCAGAAGAUGGAAAUUGAGACGUCAGACGUGAAGCAGUCGCCUAACCAGCGACAAAACCAAGCAAACGGCAUCGACAGCAACAUGGACGUGGACAGCAAGGAACACGUCGGCAUUCAGAAGCGACCCAGCGAUCUCCCCGCUCCGUUGGCACUGUCGAGCGAGGAUAGUCCGUUCCUUCAAGAUUGGUGGUGCCAGUUCUGGGAGCUGUAUCACGGGAACCGCUCCAGAGGCAAGCCUACCACGCUGAACUACGUCGGACAGCAGCGCACACAGAUGAAGGGACGCGUGAACGCGAUCAAUGGCAUGGACCCGAAUGGCAUGCGUCAGCAGUACAACGCGAUGAACGGGAUAGCGGGCAACGACCUGAGAAAGACUGCCAUGGGUAACGGAAUGACCCCGCAGCAGAUUCACGCUAUGAAGCAGCAACAGCAACAGCAAAUGCAAAGGAACCAAAUGCACCAAGGCGGUAACCAGAUGGAACGGCAGGGGUCACAGAUGAAUAUGAGUGACCCACGGUCUGGUUCCCCAAACACUGGUGGUGGUGAGGCACCUUCGCCGAAACGACAACGUCUCGACGGUAAUAUGCAGCAGCAGCAGCAACAACAGCAGCAGCAGCAGCAACAGCAGCAGCAGCAACAACAGCAGCAGCAGCAGCAGCAGCAGCAGCAGCAGCAACAGCAGCAGCAGCAGCAGCAGCAACAACAACAGCAGCAACAGCAGGCGAUGAAUCAAGCACGAGGUGCUCAGCCAGGCCAGAUACAAGGCGCAAAUCAGUCUGUUCAGGGCUACUCUGAAGCCAUACAGCAGCAGAUGCAAAGUGCACUUCAAAAAACCACAUCUAACAGUAACAAGGGCAUGCCUCAGAACCCCGCCAUGCAUAGCGCAGCACAAUCGAGUCCCAUGGCGCAGUCCAACAUGAAUGCCAACGCGGGAGGGAGCGAAUUCGAGUAUAACACGCGCAUGGGCAUGCCGCAGCAGAACGGUCCUGCUCCAGCCGCGGGCGGCCAACCACAACCGAACAACGGCAACCAUGCCUUGCAAGACUACCAGAUGCAAUUAAUGUUGCUCGAGCAGCAGAAUAAGAAGCGACUGCUCAUGGCACGCCAAGAACAAGAUAGCAUGGCGCACCCGACGGGUGUCCAAGGCCCCAAUGGAGGCCGCGGUUCGCCACAACCUGGCAUGAUGGACCCGAAUAACCCUCAAAUGCGACAGAUGGUCAUGGGGCCUGAUGGCCGACCGAUGAUGCGCGCUCCCUCGUCGCAUCCGAUGGCAGGCCAAGGCAUGAGUACCCAGCAGAUGGACCUCAUGCGGCAACAAGGCAUGAUGCCGAACGGACAGAUGUAUCCAGGCGGUCCACAAGGGCCGCAGGGCCAGAUGAUGCCUGGACAGCAACCAGGUCAAGCAGGACCACCCGGGCAACCGCCGAAUAUGACGCCUCGACCGAACAACAUGCCACCUCCGCCAGCACCGACGAACCCAGGCCAAGCGGGUACACAGCCUAGCAGCCCUGCACAGCCGGCUGCACCACCAACACCAAACCAAAUGAACAAGGCAAAGCCGGGUUUAAAGAAGGCUGCUGACAACAAAAAGGGCCCUGCUUCGAAGAAGGGUGGCGCAGACAACCAAAACGAAAACGCACCUCCAACACCUACGCCACCGCCGCCAGUCACGCCGAGCAACGCACAAGCAUUCAGUAACAACAAGAACCUCCCCAUGCAAAACGGUGCACCAGGCCAAGGUCCGCCACAAAACAAUGGCCAGCAGCAGAACAACGUGCAACCCCAAGUGCCCGAUAUGAACAAUGCGCCAUUCGGCGACCUCAACGGAACGGAUCAGUUUACCGGCAUGGACUUCGCCAAUCUUGACUCUGGAGAUGUACUAGAUAACUUCGACUUUGACAGCUUUCUGAACAACACUGGCGGGGAUGAUACUGGACUAGGAUUUGAUGCAAAUUUCGCGUUUGGUGAUGCUAUUGGCACGGAGACAGACGGGCUCAAUUAGAUCCUGGGUGCGCAAGCCCCCUUUGAUGGACGCUGCAGAGCUCGAGUGCUUUGUGCCCUCUCACAGUGGAGAGAAUCUGGCCAUGGCGCAUCCUGGGGUACGCACUAUCCGCAGGAUAAUGGGGGAGCUCCGUCAUCGUACCGGACACGUGAACAUUUCCCUGCAUGCCGCAAUAUCUCAGCCUCUCCUGUAGGGCGGUCGACGCGGGAGCGAAUCGACAUGGACAGAUGCGCGAUGCAGCAACACUGCGCAAACGCGACUUGGUCAUGAAAGAUUUUGCUUUCGCGCUGCCCAACCACGCAACCAUCCCAGCCUACCAGCCAUUCCAUCUCCAUGAGAGCCGGUAUUUCAUUCAAUCUACCCACCAACACCACGACGUUCCUAUUCUGUCAAUAUCGAUACCCAAUGAGAGAGGCCCAAGCUUCCUUUCUACACACACGCACACGCACACACACAACUUUCUAUCUCUCUUCUAUUACACGGCCCCUUCUCUUUGCGGCUACCAGGGCCACAGUCUCCGCCGAUCAGCGUACAAAGCUGUCGAUCUCCUCAAAAUAUCCCGAUACCUUUUUGUGUUUAUAAUAUGCCCGCAAGCAGGCGGAAGAAACAACCGGGAUGGGCGCAUGGGAAGGACCAACUUUUUUUGUUUUGGUUUUUUUGAAUAUAUCACUCGUUACUCGAACGGGACAGACUAUAUGACGUGGAGUUUUUGGCAUUCCAAUUCUGUUGUCAAUCGGAGUGACAUACGGCUGCAUUUCUCUUGGAUAUGUAUGUUGUGAUCUGUUGAUGUACUUUUUCUUUGCCACGCCGGCCACAAAGAGGUGGACGUGAGUAGCAAUGGCGCGGGGGGUGGGUGUAGUAGGUAUCUUCUUGAGGAGACAAGUCGUCAUGACAUUCACUUUUUACGAAGGACUUUUUUUUCUCUCCUCUGUUCCUUUCAUCUUUUUGGAAGUACUUGGUAACCUUAGCAUUGGAGUCCAAAAAAGGUUUAUAUAUCCUAAACACAUUUUUG